AUGUGUACAGAAGAGUCAACUGGAAAUACUCUUGAAGAACUUCAUCGAUUUUUUGAAGAUGAUCCAGAUGAUUAUCAUUUGGAAGCAGAAGCUGAAAGUCGACUUAAAGCUCUUUAUUCAUAUCUUGUUAAUGCAACAUCAAGAACAAUGUUGCAAAUUGGUUUAAAUGGUUUAUUAACAUAUGUUAAAGCAUCUCAAAGAAGUGCUAUUAUUGACGAAUUAUUGUUAUCAAAAGAUUAUAUUUCAGAAAUUAUUACGAUUGCUGCUGAUCAUUUUACUACAGCACCAUUACUAUCAGCAACAUGUCUUUAUGAAUGCAUGUUAAAUUAUCCAAAAAAAUUUUCAUCAUUUCUUAUUAAUAAAUUUCGUCCAGUAUUACCUCGUAUUAUCUAUAAAAAAAUGUCUGGCCCAAGUGAAAUUUCUUGCAAAUGUAUUGCUCAUUUAUCUGUACUUGGAAUACCAUCAAGUUCAAAACAAGCAAAAUCAUGGAAAAAUGAAUAUGAUCGUUAUCUUAAAAUAUCUUCACUUCUCAUCGAUCAACUUUAUUCCGGAAUAAAUGAUUCUCUUUGUCCAGAAAUAACUGAUAUUGAAACAGCAUUAAUAGCAGAAAUUGGAGACGUUAUUUCAUCAACUGAUUAUGCGGCUAUUUUUUGUAAUUGUUGUAAUAUAUUAAGAAAUCUAUUCUACGUGCAAUUGGAGUCUCCAGUAACAGUACCAUGUGAACGAACAUUUAAAUUAAUAUCAAAAGUUUUGUCGAUUAAUAAUCAACAAUUUAAUAUACUUCAUCGUAAACAACCUUUACCAACAUUGAUUGGCUCUUGCGUUCAAUUAUGUGAUACACUUGUUACUUUGAAUCCAUCAUCAUUUAUGUUUAAUAUUCGAUCAAUAUUUUCAUUAAUUAUUUCAUUACUUGAUCUUGUACGACCACAAGCUGAAUAUUUAACAUUAUCAAUUAGUAUUUAUCAGUUAUUAACAAAUUUAUUUGCUUUAUUUCAACGACAAGUUAGAAUUGAUGUUGAUAUAUUACAAAAACUCAUUCGAUGGAUUAUAAAUGAUUCAACAAUACGUAUGCGAUCAAGAAUACCAGUUGCAUAUUUAUCAAAACCAGAUCAUAAUCUAUCACGAGUUGUAAUUAAUUGUACUCAACAAUUACUUAAUGUCUAUUCGGAUCAUAUGCCGAAAGAUCAAUAUAUUCUCAUUCAAAAUCAUUUUAUACAAACAUUGAUGGCGUGUCAAGCCACGAAUGGUAAUAUUAAUAAACCAUAUGACGAUGAAAUAUGUCGUAUUGGUUUAUAUAAUAUUCUUGAAUGUUUAUUAAUUAAUGAAAGAGCUGAUUGCUCAACAAUUAUUGCUAUUAGUAAAGAUGUUAUUGAUAAUGCAGCUAUAGUAGAUUCAUCUGUUAAAGUUAAAAUGGCAGUACGAAAAUUAAAACUUAUAUGGCAACAAGUACAUGAUUCGUCCAGUCAUUUAUAUCAACCAUGGUCAUUUUUAAAUAUUGAUCAACCACGAAAAGCUGUUUCGAAUAAUGUCAAUACUUCAAUGACGACAAAUGAUCUUCGUAAUGUAUUUGCUCCUUCAUCCAUGCCAAUGAUUAGUAAUGUUCAAUCAUCAUCAUCAAUAUCAAUGAUGCAUACAGAACAAUUACCUUUAAUCAAUCAACAAUCACUUUCAAAACCAUCAGUCUAUCAAACACCUAGAGAAAUAACAACAGCAAAUGCAUUUUUACAAGCACCAUCAUCACCACUACAACAACCAUCUACAUCAAUGCAAUUUUCGUCUCUUGAUUUAUUACCUAAAACACCACAAUCAAAUCUCAAUGCGAUUACACAACCUAUUAUAGAAGGAAAUAAAGAAGAAUAUAAUCCAGUUCCUGAACAACAACGUAAACGAAUUAAAUUAGAUGAUACACGACCAGUUGAAGUAGACGAUGAAGAUGAAGAUGGAGCUGAACAAAUUUUUGCUAAUGAAAGCGAUGAAGAUGAAAAUGAGAAUGACCAUAUAGAUGAUUAUGAUGACGAAGAUAUUGCAGAUGAAAGUGAAGAAAUGGAUGAAAGUGAUGAAGUUGAUGAUGAUGAAGGUAAUGUUGAUGAAGAAGGUGAAUCAGAUAUCAAUUCAGAAGAUGAUGAAAACUUUUUACAUACAAAUGGUAUUAAAAAAACUAAUCAACACUUAGGUAUUCAUCAAUCAAAUGUUGAUUUACUUGGUAUCGAUGGUCCACCAUCUGAUGCCUAUCUUCAAACAAUGAAUGAUAAUCUUCAUAAAAAAUUUCGUCGUCAAAAUCAUCAUGAACAACCAUAUUCACCAUUACAACAUCCAUCAUCAACAGAUUUUUCACAUAUUAAUCAAAUGUAUCAUUCUGGCCAGUUAAAUGGUGAUCAUAAAAAUAAUAUUAAUAAACCAGCAAAUGGAAAUGGUCAAAUAUUAUCAACAAGUGGUGCUAACGCUGAUGGUGACGAUGAUGAUGAUGAUGAUGAUAUUGUAUUAGUUAGUGAUGAUGAUAGUGGAGAAAGAAAAACAGAAAUAAAAAUAACUCAUGUGCCUUCUUCAGAACCAACAAUGUAUGUAUCUGAUAUACCAGCAGCAUAUGUUCAAACAGUUACAAUAAAAUCAACAAAAACAACAACAACAACAUUAAUAACGAAUGAUGCUGUAUCUGCUAAAGAUUUAUUAGAAGAUAUUGAUAGGGAAACAAUGGAAUCACUUCGUGAUGCUGUUAAUCUUGUUAGUGAUGAUUAUACAAUAUCAAAUAAUGAACAGAAUUAA